AUGGGAAGGCAACCAUGCUGUGACAAAGUAGGGUUGAAGAAGGGGCCAUGGACAGCUGAAGAGGACAAGAAGCUCAUUAACUUCAUCCUCACCAAUGGCCAAUGCUGCUGGAGAGCUGUUCCUAAGCUUGCAGGAUUGUUAAGGUGUGGAAAAAGUUGCAGGCUGAGAUGGACCAACUAUCUUAGGCCAGACUUGAAGAGAGGUCUUUUAUCAGAAACUGAAGAGAAAAUGGUCAUUGAUCUUCAUGCUCAACUUGGCAACAGAUGGUCUAAGAUUGCCUCUCAUCUCCCUGGAAGAACAGACAAUGAAAUAAAAAAUCAUUGGAACACCCACAUCAAGAAGAAGUUGAAGAAAAUGGGGAUUGAUCCUCUCACCCACAAACCAAUUGCUAAUGAUGUCAAUGAUCAAAGCCAACAAGAACAAAGUCAAAACCAACAAGAAGAAGCACAAAAAUCUUGUCCAGCUAAUGACACAUUUGAAGUUGAGCAAAUCACCCCUGCUGCUCAAGCCAUAGAGGAGGAAAGAGGAGGUGAUGAGUUGGAUAAAAUGGAGCUCUUGAUUGAUGGGUUCUGCACAGAUGACGUUCCAUUGAUUGAGCCACCUGAGAUUCUGGUCCCUUGUGCUCCUUCCUCUUCUUCGUCAACCUCUUCAUCUUCAUCUUCUUCAAAUUCAGCAUCCAAGUUCCUUGAAGACCUGCAUCUCCCAGAUUUUGAGUGGCUUUGUGAUUACAGCAACAACAAUGACAGCAUUGGCUUGUGGGAUGAUGACUUCAGCAGUUGGGGUCAAGAAUCUUGGGCAUAUGGGAUUUUGUGA